ACAUUCAAAAUGAGUCCGAAACUAGUUUUCCUUUUCUUCUGCCUUCAAUUGUGUCAUCUGUCCAUGUCGAUGGAAAUACCACAAACUUAUACUCAAUUGAGCGAUUCUUCCAAAUGUGUCGCCUCAUGUGGCAAGUUCAAUCUCCAAAUUGGCAAGAAACUUUAUUACGUUGAGUCCAAGGAGAAGGUCAAUUGGUAUAAUGCAGUCAACAACUGCCGUAAGAUGGGCGGAUACUUGUUGAACAUUGAGAGCAGUACAGAAAUGGAUUUGUUUGCUGCUUUAUAUCCAUCGGACAGGCUCUGGACAUCCUCAAACAGUCUGUCAAAACUUUUCUAUCCAUCACGACUGGAGAGCCGAUGCCCUACAAUAGAUGGAAGGAGGGAUAUUUGGACCGUGAUAAUUUGUGUGUGGAAAUGA